AUGUAUGGUUUUCGUAAAGUCUCUGUUUUUAUGGUGGCGGCGGCGGUUAGAGCCGGUAAUAAAAGAUCAUUUUCUUCAACCGCCGCUAUCAACACAGCAAAAGUAGCUGUACUUGGAGCUGCGGGAGGUAUCGGACAGCCCCUUUCCCUUUUACUUAAACAUAAUGAAUUAAUUUCCAAUUUAUCACUUUUUGAUAUUGUAAAUACUCCCGGAGUUGCUGCUGAUUUAAGUCAUAUCAGUACUCAUAGUAAGGUUACUGGUUAUCUUCCUGAUAAUGAUGGUCUACAACAUGCAGUUUCUGAUGCGUCAAUUAUUGUAAUUCCGGCCGGAGUUCCUCUUAAAGAUUUGGCUACUGCCGCUGCCAAAUAUGCACCUAACGCAUUUCUAGCAGUCAUAUCUAAUCCAGUUAAUUCUACAGUACCAAUUGUCUCGGAAAUAUUUAAGAAAUUUGGAGUUUACGAUCCCAAGAAAAUUUUCGGAGUUACGACGCUUGAUAUUGUUCGUGCAGCACGUUUUGUAUCUGAAAUCAGGGGUACAAAUCCCAAACAUGAGAAAGUAACAGUUGUUGGUGGUCAUUCUGGUGUUACUAUCAUACCUUUAUUAUCACAAUUAAAUGCUAAUUUCACGGAAGAAGAAAUUAAGGCAUUAACACAUAGAAUUCAAUUUGGUGGAGAUGAAGUAGUUAAAGCUAAAGCUGGUACAGGGUCAGCUACACUUUCUAUGGCAUACGCAGCUGCACGAUUUACGGAUUCAUUACUUCGUGCAUUGGUUAUUAAAGAAGCUGGUAUCAUCGAACCGACAUAUAUUAAAUCGAAUUUGUUUGCAUCCAAAGGAAUUGAAUAUUUCGCUUCAAAUGUAGAAAUUGAUUCGGAAGGGGUGAAACAAGUCUUUCCAUUGGGUCGGGUCAGUCCAUACGAAGAACAACUUGUUGAAGGCGCUUUACCCGAUUUAAAAAAUAGUAUUGAGAAAGGUAUUAAAUUUGUUCAGAAUAAUUAA